GCCCUCACAGGCCCCAGUAGCCGCCCGGUCUGUGCCUGUCUGCGAUCUCGCGCUCGGCCAUGGGCACCGGCUGGUCGGCGGUAGUCCGCCUCGGCCUCCCCGCGCCGCGCCUUCCUGCGCAGACCCGGCCAGGGUGGCUCGGGGUCGCUGCGCUGGGAGUGGCCGCGGCGGCGCUGGGGGCUGUGGCUUGGCACCGUGGGUGGCUUAGGCGGCGCCGGCAGCUGCAGCAGGUGGGCACGGUGGCGAAGCUGUGGAUCUACCCGGUCAAGUCCUGUAAGGGGGUGGCGGUGAGCGCGGCGGAGUGCACGGCCAUGGGGCUGCGCAGCGGCCACCUGCGGGACAGGUUUUGGCUGGUGAUUAAGGAAGAUGGACAUAUGGUCACUGCCCGGCAGGAGCCUCGUCUUGUGCUGGUCUCCAUCACCUAUGAGAACAACUGCCUGACCUUCAAGGCGCCUGGGGUGGACCAGCUGGUUUUGCCUGGCAAGCUGCCAUCCUCAAACAUACUCCAUGACUGCAGGGUUUUUGGUGUUGACAUUAAAGGCAGAGACUGUGGUGAUGAGGCAGCUCAGUGGUUCAGCAACUUCUUGAAAACAGAAGCCUUCAGGUUGGUUCAGUUUGAAACGAACAUGAAGGGAAGACCCUCAGGAAAACUUCUCCCUUUCACUACACAGAAUUAUCAGGUGGCCUACCCUGACUGCAGCCCCAUCCUGAUCCUUUCAGAAGCCUCGCUGGCAGAUUUGAAUACCAGAAUGGAGAAUAAAGUGAAAAUGGAGCAUUUCAGGCCAAAUAUCGUGGUGACAGGCUGUGAUGCUUUUGAGGAGGAUACCUGGGAUGAACUGCUAAUUGGUAGUGUAGAAAUGAAAAGAGUAAUGGCUUGCCCCAGGUGCAUUAUGACCACGGUGGACCCAGAUACUGGAGUCAUAGACAGGAAGGAACCGCUGGAAACCCUGAAGAGCUACCGACUGUGCGAUCCUUCUGAGAAGCCAAUAUACAAGUCAUCCCCACUUUUUGGGAUCUAUUAUUCAGUGGAAAAAAUUGGAAACCUGCGAGUUGGUGACCCUGUGUAUCGGAUGGUGAAAUGAUGGUUCCACUAGACUGAUAUGGUUUCAACAUCUAGGACGCACUGACCAGGAUUUUAACAAUAGCUCAGAGAAUCUGUCAUACUCAGCCUUUAGCCAUCUUUACCCUGGGAACGAAACUCUACUUUUAACUUUUUAGAGCUAUGUAUGCUUGGGCUAAUGCAAGGAAAGUCUUGGAGGUGAUUUGGAAACAUGAAGGUAUAUCAAUUUUAUGUAAUGAAGACUUUUCUAAUAAAUACAAUUGUCUAUAAAGUUA